GUCCGCAUGCUCGGCGCCGUCGGGCGCGACGCCUACGGCCCCGCGCUGCUCGCGAACCUGGAGCGGCACGGCGUCGACGUCUCGGGGGCCGCCGCGGACCCGGGCCUCGCCACGGGCGUCGCCGUGAUCAUCGUCGACGAGCCCACGGGCCAGAACCGGAUCGUGCUCAGCCCGGGCGCGAACCACAGCCUCGCGGCGGCGCGCUUCGCCGACCCGGCCGCGCUCGGCGACCCCCUCCCCGACCUGCUCGUCAUGCAGCUCGAGAUCCCGCUGGCCACCGUCCUCGCCGCGCUGCGCGCCGCCCGCGCCGCCGCCGUCCCCGUCCUGCUCAACCCGGCCCCCGCCGUGCCCCUCCCCGCCGACGCCUACGCCGGCCUCGCCCACCUCGUCGUCAACGAGACCGAGGCCGCCAUCCUCGGCGGCCUCGCCUCCGAGUCCGUCCUCGACGACGAAGCCGGCCUCGAGGCCGUCGCCCGCGACUUCCUCUCCCGCGGCGUCCGCAACGUCAUCAUCGCCGUCGCCGCCAAGGGCCUCCUCCCCGCCGAGAAGGCCAAGGUCGUCGACACGACGGCCGCGGGCGAUACCUUCGUCGGCCGCUACGCGCUCGACGUGGUCGCUUCGGGCCCGGCCUUCGACAUCGUCGAGGCCGUCAAGAAGGCAAACCGCGCUGCCGCCAAGACGGUCGAGAGGCUGGGAGCUCAGGAUUCGAUUCCCUGGCGCGACGAAUUGUAGUCGUGGGGGAAAACUGCCCCUCUUACGGUCACAAUGGGAUAAUCACGCAUCAUGUUAAAAAGUAUAUAGGAUAGGAAGAAAAAUAAGCGA